GAAAUGGAAAAUAAAAAAUAAAUCAUCAAAUAUGUAUAAAUGGAUUACAUAUAGAGAAUGCCUUUUUAGAAUAGUUUUCAUUAGAAGUUUAUGAUAUGUUUCAGCUAAUAUGUGUGGAUUUUGAUUACCUUACCGACAACAGAUGUUAAAUAAUAUAUUUACUAAUUUAAAUUAGGAACAAAGAAGUAGCAAUAAUCCACGCAUCUGAUUCGUUGUCACUAGUCAGCAUGCCAUGAUGCAAGCAAACACAAUCAAAUAUCAGAAAGCUUUAUAUGUAUUAGUUAGUCAUAGAUAGCAAUAGAAGAAGUUUCCAAGGACGAGUGCUGCAAUGCACUGCAAUGCAACAAACAUCAUAGUAAACAAUACAAGAGAUUCAUUACUAGUUUUUGAACGUCAUAUGAAGUACGCUCUGUUUUCAAAUUUUCCCCGAUUUUGGUCGCAUUUUCACCUAUUAUCAAAUCCAAAAUUUCCAAUGAAGUAGCCGUAAACAUCGAGACUGAUCUUACAUGAUUUUAUCUUAGUAUUUAGAAAUAAAAGAUUUGGGAAUCCAUGGUGCGACUUUCCCUUUUCGUUUUAUUUUGUUUGUUCUUGUCUUGUGAAUAAAAGUUUGCAGAUUUCGAGUAAAACAAUAGAUAUAAAAGUGAAUAGAGUCAAGCAGCCAGGUUACAAAAGAUCUAACAAUGUAACGAAAACUACUAAAUGUAUUCUCUAACAAUGAGAUAAGAAUGUAACGAAAACUAUUAAAUGUAAUCUCUAACAACAUCAAUAAUCGUACUGGUCUUCUCCGGGUUUCAACCAUCUAAGUUAUUCAACGAAAGAAUCUUCAGCUCCUGAGAGUCGAGCUGACUACAAAAAAUACUAUACAUGUUAUAACAUAUCACCGAUAAUGUAACGAAUAAUCUUUGAUGCUUUCAGACCAAUCUACACAACUCGCCAACAUAAAUUCCCCAACUAAACGACGAUGCUAAGAAGUUUAAACUUUGUCUUUGUUACAAAAAAAAAGGUGAGUUAAUUCGUUGACAAAGUUUAAAGUUCUUACAAUCAUCCUUUAGAACCUUAUGGAAUCGCAACAGAGAGAUCACUAAAAAAACAAAUCAAUUGAUAAAACUAUGGUGGAAUCAGAAUAUCAAUAAGCAAAAUUUGGUACAUUUUUCCAAAACAUUUAAUGUCUUGAUUCACAUUUUAUUUGUUCCUCAUUUUCCACCCUUUUCCAAAAACAAAAAAAACAAUUAACAAAUAAAAAUAUGUAUUCAACCAGAUUAUAAAGCACGAGAUACUGUAAACUCGAAUUAGGAUCUGAAAAUCCCCUAACGCUAACAUCUCUAGCAGAUAAAAAUAUUAAAUUUAUAUCCGAAGAGAGUAGAGAAAAGGUGACUACAGAUUCUAAUGACGAAAAAGGCCUCGUGCCGAAAAAAAAUCAGGAAGAAAAAUGGCGGAUGAGUUGCUUAGGAGAACCCUAAAGAACAGACCCUAUGGUUUUUUUCAAUAUAGCGCAGCUAUGACUCGACACGCUUCCAUUGAGCUUUUUUGGAAGGCGAUCUUAAGGGCUGCGCGCUUAACAAAUGAGAAGAACAUCGUUCUAAAAAAUAUACCCUAAUUCGCUACGAAUACACCAUAGGAAUUCAGACAAGAGCAGCGAGUAAGCUUUAUAUAUGGGAGACAUGUUCUGCCCUAAUCGAGCCUCCUACGUGGCUUUUGAAUAUUGAACUUAAGGCCCAUCGUAAGCCCAUGUUCUAUUAAGCCCAUGUAACAUGAUCGUCACAAAGAUACAAGGAAAUGUCACACAAGUAAAGUGUCUCGUGUCAAAACAUUUAGAUGGAAUGAUUUAGGAAAAUAUGUUAGAGAAUGAUUAAUGGGGGUGCUUAGAGGGGGUGCUUUGCAAAAAAUUAAUAUAAUAGCGAGUGAGACUCACACAAAAACUAAGCACCGGUGCUUAUUCUGCUUAAUUAAGCACCGGUGUUAGAACUGUUUCGCGGACCCCACUGAUACGUGGCGGUCCGCGAUUGGUUCGUUUUUAAUUUUUUUUUUUUAAAUCAGAAGAAAAACCAAAAAAUAAAAAAUAAAUUAAGCAAGGGUUAAUGGUGCUCUUAGUUCUGUUAUAAAAACAAAUCUAACAAGGAUAUAUACGCGUUAGAUAGGUUAGUAUAAUAACUGGAUUUUGUCACUAAUAUCUGUUACAUGUCAACAUAAUUAGAUGGGAAUGGAUUAAAAAGUAACGGAUUUUUGUUAAUGCAGUAUUUAUAGUUUAUAGUUUUAUACCAACGUUACGGUUUGACUUUACCAUUAUUAUAAAACAAAUUAUCUAACAAGGAUAUGUGAGUUACAGCAUUGUAUACAAAUAUUUACUUCACAAAACAGCUGUGAUGCAACUUCAAACGAAUAUUCAGUUAUGUUAUACAUUCCAAAAAUAUAAUGUUCGACAGUUAUCAAAGAUCACACUCCUCUUCACCUUCCCUAUAUACAUCUCUCGUCUCAUCCAUCACAAACACACAAAAGAAAACAAAUUGUAAGUCGACAUGAGUUCCCUCCAAGACGCGAAAAAUGGGGCGGUGUUAGAGACGCAGUCGUCGUCUUCCACGGUGGUGGUACAUUCCGGUGAACCAUCAGCGCUUAGAAAAAUCAUAUCCGUAUCUUCUAUCGCCGCCGGUGUACAGUUCGGGUGGGCUCUACAGCUAUCUCUCCUGACUCCGUACGUGCAGCUUCUCGGAAUCCCACACAAGUGGUCCUCCCUCAUCUGGCUAUGUGGUCCCAUCUCCGGCAUGCUCGUACAACCAACCGUCGGUUACUACAGCGACCGAUGCACCUCAAGAUUCGGUCGUCGCCGUCCCUUUAUCGCUUCUGGAGCCGUCCUCGUCGCCGUCGCUGGUUUACUCAUCGGGUACGCCGCUGAUCUCGGCAAGCUAGCUGGAGACAAACUCGACGAGACUGUGAAGGUACGUGCCAUAUGGUUCUUCGCUCUUGGUUUCUGGAUCCUGGACGUAGCCAACAACACUCUCCAAGGACCUUGCCGCGCGUUUCUUGCAGAUUUAGCCGCGGGAGACGCGAGGAAAACGCGGACCGCAAACGCGUUUUUCUCGUUCUUCAUGGCUGUCGGAAACAUUUUGGGGUACGCCGCGGGAUCGUACACCAACCUCCACAAGAUGUUUCCGUUCACGAUGACUAAAGCGUGCGAUGUAUACUGCGCAAAUCUCAAGAGCUGUUUCUUCCUCUCCAUCAUUCUCCUCCUGGUCCUCACCGUUGUGUCGCUCUACUACGUCAAAGACAAGCAAUGGGAGAAAGAAGACACAGACGUGAAAACUCCGUUCUUCGGAGAGAUCCUUGGAGCCUUCAAUGUGAUGGAGCGUCCCAUGUGGAUGUUAAUAAUAGUCACGGCUUUAAACUGGAUCGCUUGGUUCCCUUUUCUUUUGUUCGAUACUGACUGGAUGGGUCGUGAGGUGUACGGUGGAGACUCGGGAGGAAACGAGAUUUCGAAGAGGCUUUAUAACCAAGGAGUACACGUUGGUGCGUUGGGACUGAUGUUAAACGCCAUCGUUCUUGGGUUCAUGUCGCUUGGUGUUGAAUGGAUUAGUAGGAAGAUGGGUGGAGCUAAACGGCUUUGGGGAGUUGUGAACUUUAUCCUAGCAGUGUGUUUGGGCAUGACGGUUUUGGUUACAAAGUUGGCUGAUGAUCACCGGAAAACCGCCGGGGAAUUCGCCGGUCCGACCGGUGGCGUUAGAGCUGGGGCAUUGACUCUCUUUGCUCUUCUUGGUAUUCCACUAGCUGUCACUUUCAGUAUCCCCUUCGCACUAGCUUCCAUAAUAUCAAGUAGCUCUGGCGCCGGCCAAGGGCUUUCAUUGGGAGUUCUAAAUUUGGCAAUCGUGAUACCACAAAUGGUGGUGUCACUUGGAUCUGGACCGUUCGAUUCGUGGUUUGGAGGUGGAAACCUACCAGGAUUUGUGGUCGGAGCUAUUGCAGCGGCACUCAGUGGCGUAGUCGCGAUAACCGUUCUACCUUAGUUUUACGUUUUGUAUAUGUAUGUUUUAUCAAUGCCAGCUCUAAUAAUUUAAUACCCCUAGAGCAAGCACAAAAUGUUGUCCAUGUUUAAAUGAUGUUUCUCUCUGUAAAAACUUUCUUGUUUUAUACAUAUAAAUGUUAUGAUAUUAUCAGCUAUAAUUGUUCGUGU